AUGGAUGUUGACACUAUGUUUCCUCCUCCUGGGGAAGAGGGUUUUUCAUUCAGUCAUGGGGCAGAAGAGAUAUCAUUGUAUGCGGACCUGGAGCAAAUCACAACUGAACGCUCAAGUUCUCCCCUUCAUCCUACAGUUGCUAUUACCAUUCACACCCUCAAUGUCUUCCGUCAGACGCACUGUGUGUGCCCACAUUACAGCAUCAAUGCUGAAGUGAAAAGGCUUGCCUUCCUUCACAAUGUAAUUGCCUAUGACAUUUACCUCAAACUUGAGCGGCACAUUGAAAACCAUCUUCAAACUGCCCUUGGUCAUGAUACACCAAAUUGGCGCAUGCUCAACUCAUGUCCUGCAUGUCAGUACAAGGUGGUGGGUGAACCACCCCUCAAGCAUUCAGUCCUAUGCGCCCUUGAUGGUAAUAACUCAGCAAAGCUUGUUGAUCCAGCCAUACGCCAUGGCAAUGAGCGCUUUGACCCAAGAUGCGGCUUAUCUUCCAUUUGGCUCACUGAAACUUAUGUAGAUCAAUUCAAGGAUGAGGUUCAGUGUGCACAUCGCACACAAAAACAAUGCAUCUCGCGUGAUCCAGAUGACCCUUGGAUAGAUGAACCUGACUCUGGAGACUCAUCAGAGCUGAGCACUGUCUGUGUUGAUCGCUGGCGAAAUGCUGCCCCAGAGUCUCGUAAAAAGAUGUUUCCCAUCUUCAAAAAGUCUGGCAUCUUUAUUGCAGUGUGUUGGCAUGGCUUCUUACUCACGAUAUGUGAUAUGUAUCCAAUUGCCAGCAUCAGGAAACUCAUGGAUGUAUUUGGUGAUAAUAUCCUAUAUGGCUAUGACAUCAAGUGUGCCUUUGAAAAAAUUGUUAUGCGGAGCUCAUUAGCAGAUGAUGCCAAGCGACUCAACCUUCAGGGAGUAGUUCCUGCAUUUCACGGACAUGCUCACAACCGCCUCUGCCAAGUAGAACACCACUCAAAGUACAAAGUCGGCUCAAAUGCUCUGGCUGGUAAUAUACGCAACAUGACAGACUUCCAUUGUCAUCAAGCACUUGAUGAGCAUUUUCGGUUCCAAGAUAUGGAUCAAUAUGCUGCACUAUAUUUCAUCUAUCAAAAUUAUGUUCAAUCGCUAAACCUUAUCUCAAUGACUAUGAGCUUCAUCAUCAAUUUCCGAGUGUCACACGCUACCACACCCUUCGAAGACGACCUUCAAGACGAAUUUUUAUAUCUUAAACAUCUGGCACACAAGAAAGAUGGGACUAGCACUGAAGUAGACUAUGUGAAAGCUUUUAUUGAGGCCAGUUAUGAAGCGGCACAUAUGGAGUUUAGCAAGCUCGAUCUGCACCCCGAUUUUUCAGCAAAAGACGCUGCAAUCACAUGCCAGCGCCACACUCAUGCUGCUACCAAGUGUGAUCAGAAGCUUGAAGUUGUCAUGGAUUACGAACGGCAGAUGUCAUUGGACAUGCAAUGGGGAGGAGACCACCCCGAGCGCUUGAAGGCACAAUCACGCAUCACACACCAUUUCGCUAUUACUCUUUCACACCGUCUUUAUCACAAGGCAGUUGAUGAUGUCAAGCGUUUGGUAGUUAUGCGUCUACUCGAGUUGACAAAAUUGCAGAUGAGUGGACUAGGCUACAAACUGCGCACCCAGAUCUCGACUGUGCUGAAGAGUUGUGCAAAUGCCAUCCGCAACACUCUACAAAGGUACAAUAAGUAUGCCACACAAUUGGACCCUCCUCAUCCCUUGCUGCAGUGGGAACAAAUCAUCAAAUACUCUUUUCUAGCUGGAUUUGACCUACUCUGUGAAACGGAUGGUGUGGUUCAAGCCAAACAUUGGGUGAAUCCUGCAUACCAUUAUGCCUCCACUCAAUACUUCGAGCAACAGUGUGCUAAUGAAGAAAUCCGUCAGCUUAACAUCGAGGUUGGACAUUUACUUACGAGAAUCCGCAAUGACACUAUCAAUUAUCCUCUUGCCAUCUCCCACCUUACAAUGGAGAAUCCUCCACUGGCAUCUGAGUUGCGCCAUCAUUGGGCACAUCUGCAAGCUCUUAAUACACACCACUUGUGCCUCUCGGGGUACACUGGGCCUAUGAGUGCUGGCGUGCACGAGGGUCAUAUUCCUACAUUGGGGGAGGGAACAGAUGAGGGUGAGGGCCACAAUGAUGACCAGGACUUGGCGGAGCAGCAACUCAAGCAGAUACAUGACUUUAUCGAAGGACUUGAUCAUCAUCUCAUAGACUCAGAAAUAGCCACAUAG